UUAUUUAUCUAUGUAUUAUAAUUAUUCAAACUUUAAUUCAUUUGAUUAAAUAUUUAUUUCUGUACUUCUUCCUCCAUUAUGAUUAAUGAGGGUUGUCAGUCAAACGUUUGUAGGCGGUAUCUAACAAACUAUUGGUUGAUCAAUGUCACGUGUUUCUCCACUGCUUUUUCCUGCUUUUGCACCACCUAUGUGAAGCUAGCCACAAUAACGAUUUGCCAGAAUAGUAGAAUUUACUGUUUGCCUUCAAAAUAAAAGUCCCACAUUUAAACUGUCAGACAGACACAAAUACUGGAAUCAUCCCAUAUUUUAACUGGAUACUGCUUAACAAGUUUGGAAUGUUAUAUCAAUUCAACAAAAGACAAUUUGCCCCCAAAAAAUUGUUAAUCGCACUGUGGAUUUAUUAGACUUCACAAUUGCAAAAUGUGUGGGCUCAAAACAGGUGGGGCUAUUAAAUUAAUCAUUGUUAAUUAACAGCAAGCUGGAGAGGUCACAGUCAAACUUAGAUGCAUAACGUGAGCUCUGUUGCUCUCCCGUUAGAUCUCUUAUAUACUACUUACAUAGGCAUUUUUCAUAGGAUUGGUUCCUGCAAAAAAAUAAUAAUAAUAAUUUCUGCAAAUUUGUAUUUUUUAAAUAAACAUUUUUAAAAAAAGGAUUGGUUCCUGCAUGUGUCUGAUGCAUAUAACAUAUUGAUUUAUAUAACAUAUUCUGGGCGUUCUGCCAGAUGGUCCUAAGGAGGGGAUCAUGACGCCCCCCCUCAUAUCGUUACCAAGCACAGGCAGGAAACAAUACUUUUUUAUGACACGAAAGACAAGAUGAACAUUUAAUGCUGUCUCUUCACAUGAUACAUUUUCUCUCACAAAAUAUUAUUAACUGUGAAGAGUUUACACAAAUAUUAGCGUCGUAGCUCUUUUUGAAGGACUUAAACUGUGGGAAAUCACCUCACUAUUCAACAUAUUGCACAUUCGUAUUGCAAUGUACAGCUUUACCUGCGGAUCUUGGGUACAUAAAAUGGGGUGUCCAUCCAGAGCACAACUGUGAAGAGUUUACACAAAUAUUAGCGUAGUGGUUUAAAAAUCACAUGAUCAAACGAAGCUUCAGACGUCAUUAAUCACGUAAUAAUGUUACUUUAAAACGAGCAUUAGUACAUUUGGUGCUUUCAGGACAACUGGUGCCGCUUCAAAACAACUGGGAACUCGGAAAAAACGAGGUCAAAUCAUGACGUCAGUGAUUUCAUAUCGGAAAGUUGGAGCCAAAUUGUGGUCGCGGGCCAAGAAAGUUAGGUAACACCUGGUUUAGUGGGAGGGGAUAUAACAAAAAAAAAUGCUGGUAUCAUCCAAGUAGUAUGCUAUUGUGUGUGUGCGUGUGUGUGUGUGGACUGCAGAUACACUGCAGCCCUUCUAUGCUACAGCAGACCCUUGGGAAAUAUCCACAGACUAUAUUUCACCUUGCUGUAACACUGCCAUAAAACCCCUGACACUUGGGGUUAAAAUCAAGACAAGGCAUUCUGCUUAUGUAUAAUUUAAAUGCUUCCAACUCUGAGUAACUGUUUCAAUCAGAGUCCAUGUAUCAGAAGCCUAUUAGAUGUAACUGUCUGACAUGACUGGAUAAAUUAACCAGGAUAAAUUCUCUAACCAUGCAGACAUGUCUCCUGUCAAGUUUAGCCCAAGUGAUCUUCGUUAUUUUUCAAUGACAUUGUCUGUGAGAUCAAUUGUACCCUUGAUUCUCAAUCCCAGUUAUUUACAGAUUUGCUAUAUUUCAUGUCAGCAGUUGUUAUGAAUCGUAAUGAAUGGCUUUGAAAAUAUAGGCUAGUGUUAUGGAGCUGGUUAGAUGGAGUGUUGGUGCGAAUAGAGCCUCUCUUAAACCGGGAAGGAGAUCUUUAGUCUGUAGCUGUGGUUUGAAUUAGACGUGACCUCUAGCAGUGGGAUUCAAUUAAUGUAUGAUUGACUCUCUGUCACACACACACGUCCUUCAUCCAUCAAAGGCUGGAAUGGGCUGAUUCAGUAGGAAUGGCCUGCUGAGUGAGUGGGACCUCAGCUUAGACAUCCGCCUCCCUUUUACAUGUAUUUAGGAGGAUAGGCUAUAGGUCUCUAGGUUGUUUUCUCUUUGAAAUACCCAGAUUUUCUACAAUUUUCAUGAUGUUCGGACUCGGAAUGCAGGCCCAGGCUAUAUUUGAUGGUAUCGAGAAGCUGUGUUCUAAGAGGGAUGAGCUGAACCGUCAGAUCCAGCAGGAGGAGGAGGAGAAGGGUCGUCUGCAGCACGACAUCCAUGUCCUCAACGAGAAACUACGCCGCGUCAACGAGAGCCUGGCCCGACGACACUCCGUCCGCGCUGACUUUGACCACACCAUCGGCGAGACCGAGGGUGCCUUUAUGAAGAUUCUGGAGAGCUGUCAAACACUGCUGAGUGUAAUAAAGAAGGAAGCAGGAAAUCUCGGCAAAGCCACUGAACCCGGAAGGAAAGACCACUGACAUCCAGACUACCGCCCCUAAACCUAACCUCUCACCCAGACACCAGCAUUUCCCCUCACCCUUGUAACUGUGCACUGUUUGUACACUGAACAAAAAUAUAAAUUUCAAAGAUUUUAUUGAGUUACAGUUCAUAUAAGGAAAUCAGUCAAUUUAAAUAAAUUCAUUAGGCCCUAA